AUGGUCAAAUUUGACAGCAGUAGUUCCGAGUCAGAGAUGACAACCGGGGAUGAGGUCUAUAUCGACACCAAACAUGAGGUCAAACUCAAGAUGAAGAACGGUAACGGAGUCUACAACGAACCCAAACAUGAUCAGUUCCAGGGCCGUGAUGAGAUGGAGGUUCUCAUACUUCCUGACCUCUUCAGCUCACUCAUGUCGGUCCCAGCCCGUGAGAACCCCAACUAUGCUAGCGUCAAAGCAGAAGCAGAUGAUUGGAUUUCCUCCGUGAUCAAAGCAGAUGCAGACUGGACCAACAGAAACAAGCGGGUUGACUUUACCUAUCUUGCCAACAUCUGGGCACCUGACUGCAGUGCCUUUGCCUUACAAGGCGCCAUCAGCGAGAUUGCCAGGACGCGCGAGAUCAUGGAGGGUACCGCCCCUCGGUAUACCGCUGACUCAGAACACCCCAUUCGCUAUGUGUUCCAGACAUUGUGUGAUCGCAUAAAGCAAAGCCCAGAGGGUUUCUUCAUUGGAAAGCCAUCAUCAGAUCGUUUCUAUAAGCGCUGGAUGUGGGCACAUGAGCUUUACUGGCAGGGACUGGUCGACCAGGUUCGGACUAAUGUGGAGGGCCGGUCCUACACACGUCGCCCAGAGGAAUACAUGGCUAUGCGUCGAGGUUCUCUCGGUGCUUAUCCAGCCCUUGUUAAUAACGAGUGGUGUUACGGAAUUGACUUGCCAGAGGAGGUAGCUGAUCAUCCUUCCGUAUUCGAAAUCAUGGUCAUCAUCAGCGACCAGAUCCUAUUAGUCAACGACAUCCUGUCUUACGAGAAAGACCUUCGUCUCGGGGUAGACCACAACAUGGUCCGACUUCUCAAAGCCAAGGGGCACUCAACCCAGCAGGCCAUAAACGAGGUCGGAGUUAUGAUCAACAACUGCUAUAGACGCUAUUACAGAGCACUAUCGAAGCUCCCAUGCUUCGGUAAAGAGGCUGACCGUGCGCUCCUUGGCUUUCUUGAAGUUGAGAAGAACCAUGCUCUUGGUAGUCUGCUCUGGAGCUACAAGACGGGUCGGUAUUUCAAGAGUAAGGAGGAUGGUGCUCGGGUUAGGAAAACGCGAGAGUUGUUGAUACCAAAGAGUUUGGCGGCGCUGUGA